UUUCUCAUGUCUUCAGUGGGAACCCUUAUUCAUUUUUGUAAAGCACACUGCUGACUUGCUCCUAGUCAGUGCAGUACAGUGGAAUUUCACUGCAGACAUCAUGGUCAAAAUUAGCAACAUGCGUGAAUUUGCAGGGUUCUCUAUAUGCUUAGUCUUGCUGCUGGGGUCAGAGAUCUGCAUAGCAGCAAGGCAAGAACUAAUAGUUACCACCAUUAAACAAGACCCAUACACAAUGAGCAAGGGAUCCCAGUUAGAAGGCUAUUGCAUGGAUCUGCUCAGUGAACUGGCUAAAAAACUGGGUUUUAAAUACAAAGUUCACCUGGUCAAGGAUGGGGCAUAUGGCCGACAAGACGAAAGUGGAAACUGGAAUGGAAUGAUCGGAGAGGUUGUUAGAGGGGAAGCUGAUCUGGCCGUAGCCCCGCUGACUCUCACCGCUGCCCGUGAGAAGGCGGUGGGAAUGACAAAACCUUACAUGCAGACCGGAAUCAGUAUCCUCCUCCGCAAAGAUAUCGUUUCUGAGGAGGCUGGCUUUUUUGACUUCCUCUCCCCUUUCUCCGGGGAGACCUGGUUCGGCAUCCUGAUUGCAUACUUUGUGACUGCAGUGUGCAUCUGCAUUGUGGGAAGGUUGAGUCCUUGUGAAUGGAGCCAGCCUGAGACAGAGCAAAAUCGCUUCACUCUUCUGCACAGCUUGUGGUACGCUGCAGGAGCUCUGAGCCUGCAAGGUGCCGGUCCUCAUCCUAAAGCUGUGUCAGGUCGGGUUAUCUGCUGUACCUGGUGGUUGUUUGCUGUGGUUGUGCUGGCGUGUUAUUUUUCCAGCCUCAGUUCCUCACAGGGGUCUGAUUCUGCUCCCCUCACGAUAAAGGGUUUUGAUGACUUGGCCAAUCAGGAAGUGAUGGAAUAUGGGACUCUUGCAGGCUCCUCCACUCUUGCGUUCUUCAAGAACUCUAAUAACCCAUCUUACCGUCGCAUCUAUGAGCACAUGGAGCGGAGAAAGAGUUUCGUAUCCUCCAUGGACGAAGGUGUCCAGAGAGCAAAAGAAGGAAAUUUUGCGUUCAUUGGGGAAUCUGUGUCUCUGGAUCUGGCUGUGGCACGACAUUGCGAAUUGGUUCGUGCACACGAGGUCAUUGGAAUGAGAGGAUACAGCAUCGUAGCUCCUCUUGGAUCCUCAAUGCUGAAGAACCUGAGCGUGGCCAUACUGCAGCUCAGUGAAGCUGGUGAACUGGCUUACCUGCGCACUAAGUGGUGGGCCAGCAGUUGUGUGCCGGACAGCGCCAAAGCUUCAUCUCUGAGGGCUCAUAGCAUGAAAGGGAUCUUCCUGGUUCUCGCUAUAGGCCUUGGGAUCGGUGUGCUGAUCUCCCUGUUUGAGCUCACCUCAAAGUCUCGCAGUACUGCCGGAGAGCAGAAGAAAUCCUGCUGCACAGUUUUGACCCAGGAGCUGAGUCAACGCUUGAGAAUGAGCCACACAAAGAAUGACCCGGAAACCUCAGAUAAAAACAAAGCAUAACAGGUUUAACCACAUUGAGAUAAUCUGAAUCUUACAGUAUAAUAGCACAAUGUCUUUACUUUUGCUUUUGUUCUGGUUCUAGACAUUAGUAGUGUUUCUCAAUUUAUAAAACUAAGUUUUAGACAUUUUGACUGAUUUAGCUUAGUGCUAACUCAACUACAAAAUGUUAAUUUGCAUUGAGCUUUCACUGAAAUCAGGCAACUCAUUGUCUUAAUGAAAAUAAAUCUCAUGUAUUUUCUUUUGGUUUUACAAUAUAGAAUAUAGAUACGGAAUUUGUAUCACGAUACAUUAAACAUUAAAUGAAAAAGGA